AUGGCGGCCUCCAACGUUGUCAGAUACCUCUUCUUCUCCUUCAACCUUUUGUUUUUUGUGGGUGGAAGUAUUACUCUUGGUUUAUCUGUACACGCCAGAAACAACAAACUCGACUAUCAGAUCACCGAUGACAACACUCUCCCAGCUGUGAACCUCCUGAUAGUCAUCUCUGCCGUGACUCUCAUUUUUGGCUUCCUCGGCUGCUGCGGAGCGAUCCGAAACAACCGUUGUCUGCUGGCCGUCUUCUUCUUCACGGGCCUGUUCUUAAUGUUUCUCAUGAUGUUAGCCGUGGGUAUUCUGGGAGCCUUAUCAAGCACUGUAACUGCUCAGGAGGUGGUGACGGAAAGCUUACAGCAGCUGUUACCGCUAAGCCAACAGCCAAAGACACUGAUCCGAGCUGCUCUGUAG